AUGACCACCUUCAUUGCCUUCCUCACUUUCCCUGGAGCCACCAUUGUUUAUUUUGGGAGGAUUAUUACUCAAAGUAAUAGGGUAGCGGCAACUGGUUUUGAUUUGGUUAUUUCUGAAGGCUCACUCUUUCUAAAUGCAGUGUGUUUUUUGUUUGGUUCUGAAAUUGAUUCAUCCUUGAAGAUAAAGAGUCUGCAAACCUCUGGUGAUAAUUCGAGGGAAGUUUCUUUUGUUGAAAACCAUAAACUGGAAAUCAGUUAUUCUAAGAAUACAUAUGGCAAAGCUCACGCUCAACGUGCUGGACUAAGCGCCAUACAGUGUAAUCAUGGCACUGGAAUAGAAGAAUACUUGGGAUGA